AUGUCUUCCACUGAAUUCGUGAUCCCUGAUCUCUUGGCUAACUGGCCCUGGAAACGUAUCAUUGACCCAAACCUCGAAGAAGUCACCAACGAAGCAAACCAAUGGGUUGAAUCGUUGGACCUUUUCGAUCCUUCCCAGUUCAAAAAAUUCAAAGGCUGCGAUUUUAACCGUCUCGGAGCACUUGUAGGACACUUACAGGGAAAAGAUCAUCUUCGCAUAUCUUGUGACUUGAUGAACUUCUAUUUCGCAUUUGACGAGUACACCGAUCUCGCCGAUGCGGAUGAAGCGAUGAAAAUUGCGAAGGACGUUAUGAAUGCGUUCCACCAUACAGACGUUCCAUUUGACAACAAGCUGAUCGAAAUGGCGCGUCAAUUCUUUAAGCGAACCAUUGAUGUUGUGGGGGAGGACAAACCCGGAUUUGAAAGAUUUAUUGCAGACUUCGAUGCCUAUACUCGCUCCAUCAUUCAGGAAGCGGAUGAUAGAGUAGAAGGAUAUAUCAGAUCCGUGGAAGACUAUUUUAUUCUCCGUCGCGAUACUUGUGGAGCAUUACCGAGUUUCUCAUUCCAUGGCCUUGGUCUGAAAAUACCAAACGAGGUGUUUGCUCACCCCUUGGUAAUUUCAAUGAUGGAAGGGGCAACGGACCUCAUCGCCAUCACAAACGAUAUGCAUUCAUAUGGUCUUGAAUACUCCAGGGGGCUUGAUGGUCACAACGUUAUCACCGCAAUAAUGAAGGAAUAUCGGGUCGAUUUACAAGCAGCUCUAUACUGGCUUUCUGGAUAUGCCACAAAAACUAUCUCUAAAUUCCUGUCUGACAAGCAAAAGCUUCCCUCAUGGGGACCAGACGUGGAUGCUGCCGUCUACGAGUUUUUCGAGCGGGUAGGGCGCUGCGUUCGUGGCUACGACGCCUGGAGUUACGAAACUAACCGAUACUAUGGGGAAAAUGGUCUAAAAGUACAAGAGACGAGGAAGAUCACACUUCAACCUCGUGAUGGGGCAUAUAUUACCAAGGAACAGCUUCAAAGCAGCUUAGCGUAG